UAUGUAAUAAAAAUUUUAAUUUAAUCUGAACUUUGAUUAAAACAAUUUUUUAAUUUGAAUUUAAUAUUAAUUUGUGUAUUAGAUUUUUUUAAAAUAAUGUAUUAUUAAUUAAAACAAUUAACUCUUCAAUAGUUUAUAAAAUUGAUUGUUUAAACUGCAACUACAAAACUAAGAAUGGAAUCUGCUAUUUUUCGCUAUUUCAAAGUUAUUCGAAGGUUUCAUUCAAAACCUUCAUUAUUUAGAAACUUUAUACCGCUAACAAAAGAUAAAUACCCACACUUGAAAAGAGGACCUUAUACUAAACUAGAUAUAUCUGAUAUACAUUUUUUUCAAAGUAUUUUAGGUGUUAACUAUGUUAUCACAGAUGUAGAAGAAUUAUUCUCUUAUAAUGUAGAUUGGUUAAAAUCUGUGUCUGGUUAUAGUAAAUGUGUACUAAAACCAAAAACAACAGAACAAAUUUCACAAAUCCUUUCUUAUUGUUAUAAACGUGACAUUGCCAUAUGUGUUCAAGGAGGCAAUACUGGCCUUGUUGGUGGCAGUGUCCCCGUUUUUGAUGAAAUAAUACUAUCUACUUCAGCUAUGAAUAAAAUUAUUAGUUUUGACAAAUUAUCCGGAGUUUUGGUUUGUCAAGCAGGAUGUGUACUAGAGAAUUUGAUGAAUUAUGUACAAAAUGAAGGGUUUAUUAUGCCAUUUGACUUAGGUGCUAAAGGAAGUUGUCAGAUAGGGGGUAAUGUGGCUACUAAUGCAGGAGGGCUUAGAUUGAUUAAAUAUGGUAGCUUACAUGGUAGUAUUUCUGGAUUACAAGUAGUUUUACCUGAUGGCAAAAUUUUAGAUAGUCUUAAAACAUUAAAAAAGGAUAAUACUGGUUAUCACUUGAAACAUCUUUUCAUUGGAUCUGAAGGAACAUUAGGCAUCAUUACAAAGAUCGCCAUUCAAUGUCCAAAUGCUUCUAAAUAUAUAAUUGUCGCACUAAUUGGCCUCAGUUCUUUUGAUAAAGUAUCAAAGUUAUUUGAGAAAAUGCGGUGUGAAUUUACUGAUGCCAUUUCAUCUUUUGAACUUAUGGACUCUGAAGCUAUAAAAUGUGUCAAUCAAAAUAUUGGUUUAAAAUGUCCAAUCAACAAUAAUUUAGAAUUUUAUGUACUGGUAGAAUUAUCAACAAAUCAUAAUUCAACAACCCAAGAUUUGGAAAUUUUUUUAGAACAAUCUUUUGCAGAAAAAUUAAUUGAGGAUGCAACGUUAGCAGAUCAACCUUCGCAAACUCAAAGCUUAUGGAAAAUUCGAGAAAGUAUUCCUGAAAGUUUACUGCGAUUCGGUUUUGUAUAUAAGUAUGAUAUAACUUUACCCCAUCAUUAUUUUUAUAAAAUUAUUCCAGAAAUACGUAAUCGCUUAAGUGAAAAUCCUUUUGUUAAAGCAGUAUCAGGUUAUGGUCAUUUAGCAUAAUCAAAUUCCAGUACUAACCCACCGAAACAUGACGUGUUUCCGACUGAGUUAAGAAGGCUGUCUAAUUAGACAGACAUUUGGUUAAAAUUCAUGAAAGAUGAUUUUGAAAUAAUUGAAUAAUUAUGACAAGUAUUUCAAGAGUAUUAAGUAUUUAAAUAGUUUGUACUAUUGUACAAACUAUUUAUUUACAUAAAAUUUACGUAAGGAAACAAGUUAGUUGUUACAAACAAUGAGAGCAAUAGAAACUCGUUUCCUUACUUACUGAAUACCUAGGAUAUACUUAAUAUUGACUUAUUGCGUUUAUUCAUUAGAGUAAAAAUUGGAUUAAAAGUAUAAUUUGUGAAUACCUUCAUAGAUAAAGAGAAUUUAAAAUUAAUAAAUAUUUUUAACAGACAGACAAAAUUAAUUAUUGAUAUACGACUAAAAUAAAAAUAUUUGUUAGUACUAUAAAAAGUUUAUUAAGCAAAUAAAUAUUCUGUUCCAGUAAUAAUACUAUGGUUGAUUUAAUUAUAAAAAAAAAAACUGUAGCACAGUAGGGUUGAGGCACAGUGUAAACGAGGCAUAGGUGGGACAAGUAUGGAUGAUAUCUGACAGUGAUUAAAAUCACUAUUAUAAGAAACGCUUCGAUGCAAAUCUGUAGAUAGUGUUUAAUUAUAAGAAAUUUGUAGAUUAUUUCAAAAACAACAAUAACACUUAUUCCCUUAAUUUUAUUCCGAUUUAUAAUUAUAAUAUGUGAAUACAUAAUAAUUACAGUAAUUAAAUUUAGUAUGAAAUUGAUAUUCAAUAAUAUUGUAAUUUUUACGGAGAUAUUAUAAAAAUAAAAAGGAGUUGUAUAUUCAUAUACUUUUAACGCCUAUAAAAAUUUAAAGGGAUUGAUGCAAUACUUUUUAAUAAAAAAAUGUUGUUACUUAUGAAUAAAUACACUAGACUACACGAAACUUUCAUCAGAAAGAAAAGUAUACUUUUCCAAAUCAACUUUUCGCGAUGUUAUUUUAUUAUUAUUUUCAAAUGUGCAAUUAAACUUUUUCUAUUACUUCUAAGUUUUAAUAUUAUUACUUUUUAUUAAAAAAAAUAUAUUUACAUAUAAAAAAAAAAUAAUUAAGAACAAAAAAAAUUGUUUUAAAUUAAUACUGAUUUUGAUUAUUAAUAUAUUAAAAUAAGGAAAAUGACAUAUUUAACCUAUUUUUUUAAUCGUUUAAAGUUGAUUUUUGUGAAUGUCAUUAAAUAGAAAAUUUUAUGAGAAUUAAAAAUUACUAUUUAAAGUAAAUUUAUCAGAAUAGCUCAAUAUUUUUUUGCAUUUUUAUCGUAAUAGAUAACUUAAAUAGAAGUAAUAGUAAUCAUUUCCUAAUAACUUUUGGUGUUUAAAAAGAUUCUGCAUUGAAAUAUUCAGAACUUUUUAAAUUAAUUUAAAUGAUUUACUUUAACUAAAUGAACCAAUCAAAACAAAGUUUUUAAAAAGAUUUACUCAAUUGAGCGUAUUAUAAAAUUUGAUUAUAAUUGUAAAAAUCCAUUAUUAAUUCAGGAGAAACUAACAAUCAUUUUUUUUUGGAAAUAAUUUAUAUAGCAACAUGUUACCAACAAAUUUGGAGUAUUAAAGUCUAGUAGUAGCACACACAAAUAGAGUAAAAAAAUUAUUAAAUUACAAAGUAAAAUUAUUUAAUUUUGUAUUAGAAACCUAUCAUAUCAAACUGGAUUCGUUAAUAAAUAUUUUGAAAACAUUAGAAAUGAAUAAUUUUAUUUGUCUGUACGGAGAACAUGGGAUAAGUAACUGUGUAAUUGAUAAAUUAGAAUUUUUUAUCAAUUUUUGAGGGUAAUAUUUUCAACUAGAUACGAAUUGUAGUCAUAAAUGACAUAAAUUUGACGUAUCGUUGAAAAAAUUAGGUCAAGUUAGAGCAGAGAAAAUAAAUGAUAAUCACAAAAAAAUAUCUUCUCAGCUUUGCAUCGAAGCUAAAACUUAAAAUAUAGUAAAAUAAUUUUAAUAUGAAUAAAAAAUUUUUUGCUCGUGAGUGGCAACUACAGUGAUGGGAUCCUUGAUCAAUGAUCAUUAUUGAAGUUAUUGAAUCUAAAUGAGAUAAAAAUCAAAGCAGUUGAAAAUUUAUUCUAACUUAAAAAGAAUUAAGAAAAAAUGCAAAAAAUCAUGGCCAUACGCGGGUUGGGUUGAAACCUUGUACCCUAAGCGCGUUAAACACAAGUUUAACCGACUCGGCAACCGUACGUCGUUAACGUCUGUUGAAAAAAUGGCUAUUUAAGCUAGUUCAAAUGUCAAACUUAUUUUCUCGACUUCAAAAAGCAAAAAAAUUUGAAUAAGUUUAACUUUCUAUGCUAUAUUAAUGUUUUAUUUAUAAAAAUUUGUACUCCCCUUGUCACGUAUUAAAAAAAAAAAAAAAAUACAAAACCCAGAA